AUAGAAAACCUGGAAAUAAGGUGGGUCUGACCAAAACUCCAGAAGAAAAACAUCGAUAGUGCGGCGUCGUUUAAGAAGUGGACAUAUCGGAGAUGGACGGGUAUGAAAUAGAAGGCAUUGGAGGUGAAAAUAAGAUAAAUUGCAUCAUAAAAUUCCUUGGGUGUUUGGAAUUUGAUCAAUCGGCUGAGAAUCGAACCUCGACAGAACAGCCUCUCUCUGCGACCUCAAAGUCGGUGAAGAAGAGAAAGAGAAAAAUGGUGAAAGUUGCCACUUACUUCGCUAUGACAUUAGGCGCCUUCGUUUUCUGGCAAUCCAUGGAAAAAGUCCACGUCUGGAUCGCCCUCCACCAAGACGAGAAGAAAGAGAGACUGGAGACUGAAGCUCAGAUCAGGAAAAUGAGGGAAGAGCUGCUUCAGCAAGCCAAGCAGAAUGAUCGUCUCGCGUAAAUUCUGCGUUCAAGUCCUCUUUUACUUGUUAUUCUUGCUGUCGCCUUUUUCUUUAUUUUUCCCGGAAUUUGCUUAAUUUAGAGUCAAUGGAAUUGUGGUCGAAAACCAUAAUGUUGCCUUUGAUGAACUGGAUAACCCCAUGGACGAUUGUUGUUUCCUUCUGCUUUAUAUAAUAAAAUCUCUAUCUGUUUGAAA